CCCCCACCCCAAUGAACGCCCAAUCUUUGAAAUAAACGAGAGAGAGAGAGAGAUAGAGCUCGAGAUCUAGGAGGUGAGAGGAGAGAAAAAGAACAAGGACGAGGGGCUCUUAUGAGCCACUAUUUGUUCUUCUCCCUCUCCCUUCCACGCUUCAUUUACAGCUCUCUAGCUUAAUUAAUUUCUCUCUCUGUGAAAAAAAGCAAACAAAAAAUAAAAAUAAUAAUAAAAGGCAAGUAAAAGGGGAAUAAAAAAAAGAUGGCCUCUAUUUCUUUGGAGGAUGUCAAGAACGAGACCGUCGAUCUUGAGAGGAUUCCGGUGGAGGAAGUGUUCGAGCAGCUGAAAUGCUCGCGGGAGGGGCUCAGCUCGGCCGAGGGCGAGCAGCGGCUCCAGCUGUUCGGGCCCAACAAGCUCGAGGAGAAGACGGAGAGCAAGUUCCUCAAGUUCCUGGGGUUCAUGUGGAACCCGCUCUCCUGGGUCAUGGAGAUCGCCGCCAUCAUGGCCAUCGUUCUCGCCAACGGAGGGGGUAAGCCUCCGGACUGGCAGGACUUCGUCGGCAUUGUCGUCCUCCUGAUCAUCAACUCCACCAUCAGCUUCAUCGAGGAGAACAACGCCGGCAACGCCGCCGCCGCUCUCAUGGCCGGCCUCGCCCCCAAGACUAAGGUGUUGAGGGACGGGAAGUGGUCGGAGCAGGACGCGGCGAUCCUUGUCCCGGGCGACAUUAUCAGCAUCAAGCUCGGCGACAUCAUCCCGGCCGACGCUCGCUUACUCGAGGGCGAUCCCCUCAAGAUCGACCAGUCGGCCCUGACCGGAGAGUCGCUCCCCGUGACCAAGAACCCCGGCGACGAGGUCUUCUCGGGCUCUACGUGCAAGCAAGGGGAGAUCGAGGCCAUCGUGAUCGCCACCGGCGUGCACACCUUCUUCGGCAAGGCGGCCCACCUCGUCGACAGCACCAACAACGUCGGCCACUUCCAGAAGGUCCUCACGGCCAUCGGCAACUUCUGCAUAUGCUCGAUCGCGGUCGGCAUGCUCAUCGAGAUCGUGGUCAUGUACCCGAUCCAGUACAGGCGGUACCGCGACGGGAUCGACAACCUGCUGGUGCUGCUCAUCGGAGGGAUCCCGAUCGCUAUGCCCACCGUGCUGUCGGUCACCAUGGCCAUCGGGUCCCACCGCUUGUCGGAGCAGGGGGCCAUCACCAAGCGGAUGACUGCCAUCGAGGAGAUGGCCGGCAUGGACGUGCUGUGCAGCGAUAAGACCGGCACCCUCACUCUGAACAAGCUCACCGUCGACAAGAACCUGAUUGAGGUGCUGGGGAAGGACAUGGACAGAGAUACGGUGAUGCUCUUCGCCGCGAGGGCCUCGAGGGUGGAGAACCAAGACGCGAUCGACGCGUCCAUCGUCGGAAUGUUGGCCGACCCCAAGGAGGCGCGCGCCGGGAUUCAGGAGGUCCACUUCCUUCCUUUCAAUCCCGUCGACAAGCGCACCGCUAUCACCUACAUCGACUCCGACGGCAAGUGGCACCGGGCUAGCAAGGGCGCUCCCGAACAGAUCAUUGAUCUUUGCAACCUGAAAGAGGACACCAAGAAGAAGGUCCAUCAGUUGAUCGACAAUUUCGCCGACCGCGGCCUCCGCUCGCUCGGCGUCGCCAGGCAGGAGGUGCCGGAAGCGAGCAAGGAGAGCGCCGGCGGCCCGUGGCAGUUCAUGGGUCUGCUGCCCCUCUUCGACCCUCCGAGGCACGACAGCGCUGAGACCAUCCGCCGUGCGCUCAACCUCGGCGUUAACGUCAAGAUGAUCACCGGCGACCAGCUCGCCAUUGCCAAGGAGACCGGGCGCCGGCUCGGCAUGGGCACCAACAUGUACCCGUCUUCGACUCUCCUCGGAGACAAGAGCAGUGAGGUCACCGGGCUCCCCAUCGACGAGCUCAUCGAGAAGGCCGACGGCUUCGCCGGAGUCUUCCCAGAGCACAAGUACGAGAUCGUGAAGAGGCUGCAGGAGAGGAAGCACAUCUGCGGGAUGACAGGGGAUGGUGUGAAUGACGCGCCGGCGUUGAAGAAGGCGGACAUCGGGAUCGCGGUGGCGGACGCGACGGACGCGGCGCGGAGCGCGUCGGACAUCGUGCUGACGGAGCCGGGGCUGAGCGUGAUCGUGAGCGCGGUGCUGACGAGCCGCGCCAUCUUCCAGCGCAUGAAGAACUACACCAUCUACGCCGUCUCCAUCACCAUCCGCAUCGUGCUCGGCUUCCUGCUCAUCGCCCUCAUCUGGCGCUUCGACUUCUCCCCCUUCAUGGUCCUCAUCAUUGCCAUCCUCAACGACGGCACCAUCAUGACCAUCUCCAAGGACCGUGUCAAGCCCUCCCCCCUCCCCGACUCCUGGAAGCUGCGCGAGAUCUUCGCCACCGGCGUCGUCCUCGGCGCUUACAUGGCCGUCAUGACCGUCGUCUUCUUUUGGAUUGCCCACGACACCGACUUCUUCCCACAAAUCUUUGGAGUGAGGUCGAUCAGGGAGCAUGAGGACGAACUUAUGUCGGCACUGUACCUCCAGGUGAGUAUAAUCAGCCAGGCGCUCAUCUUCGUUACGAGGUCGAGGAGCUGGUCCUUUAUCGAGCGCCCCGGUCUCUUGCUCGUCACCGCUUUCAUCGCCGCACAGCUGGUGGCUACCGCGGUCGCGGUGUACGCGACCUGGGGCUUCGCCAGGAUCCAGGGCAUCGGAUGGGGCUGGGCCGGAGUGAUCUGGGUCUACAGCCUCGUCACCUACUUCCCUCUCGACAUUCUCAAGUUCAUUAUUCGCUACGCUCUCAGCGGCAAGGCCUGGGACAACCUUAUCCAAAACAAGACGGCCUUCACCAACAAGAAGGACUACGGGAGGGGCGAGAGGGAGGCGCAGUGGGCGCUGGCGCAGCGCACUCUGCACGGGCUCCAGCCGCCGGACGCCUCCGGCUUCUUCAGCGACAAGAGCUACAGGGAGCUGUCGGAGAUCGCGGAGCAGGCCAAGAGGCGCGCGGAGGUCGCCAGGCUUAGGGAGCUGCACACACUGAAGGGGCAUGUGGAGUCAGUGGUGAAGCUCAAGGGGCUCGACAUCGAGACCAUCCAACAGCACUACACGGUCUAAAGAAGCCGCCGCAGUCGCCGCCGCCGCUGCCGCCGCGAAUGAUUUGAUCGAUGAAGGAGAAAGGGUUUCUGUUCUUGGUAUCUUUUUGGUGUUAGGAGGAAAACUUGUGAGAAAGAGAGUAUUCAUGUACGUAACAAAAAAAAAAAAAA